GUGAUGUUUUGGAUUUUCAUUUUUUGGUGUUUGUUGUUUUGUUCCUCCUGAAAAAGCUGAAACUAGAAAGUUUUUCAAUUAAUUUAUUUUCAUUUAUUGAUAAACAAAAAACCAAAUUUCUGCUUCAUUUUCCAUCCUAAAUAUUCCAAAAUGGGUAAAGCAGAAGUAGGCACCCCCAAAUACCUGGCCAACAAAAUGAAAGCCAAGGGAUUACAAAAACUCCGUUGGUAUUGCCAAAUGUGUCAAAAACAAUGUCGCGACGAAAACGGAUUCAAAUGCCACACAACCAGCGAAGCUCAUCAGCGACAAUUGCUCCUCUUCGCUGAUACCCCAGGUAAAUUCAUUUAUAGUUUUUCCAAAGAAUUCUCCGAUGGCUAUAUGGAAUUAUUGCGACGUCGUUUCGGAACAAAACGAGUCGCAGCAAAUAAAAUCUAUCAAGAAUACAUUGCUGACAAGAAUCACAUUCACAUGAAUGCCACUCGUUGGCUAACUUUAUCCGACUAUGUUAAAUGGCUCGGAAGAAGUGGCCAAUGUGUUGUGGAUGAAACAGAAAAAGGUUGGUUUGUUACUUAUAUUGAUCGUAGUCCGGAAGCUAUGGAGGCUCAGAAUAAAUUAGAUAAAAAAGAGAAAAUGGAAAAAGACGAUCAAGAAAGAAUGAUGGAAUUUAUUGAAAAACAAAUUGAAAAGGCUAAAAAGUCGGAGAAGAAAGAUGAAUUAAGUGAAGAUGAAAAGUACACAGAGUUUGUGAGAUACGAAGACGAACCUGUUGUAUUGGGAAUUAAGUUGGAAAAGAAAUUCAAUCCAAAGGGAACUGCCUUGGGUAGAUCGUGUUUACUUAAACGACCAUCUGGGGAGGAGGAUGAAAAGGUUUUUAAAAAACCUAGACCUGUUGAUAGAGCGUCUUCAUCUUCGUCAUCCUCCUCUUCAACUUCAAACACAUCUGCUUUGAGUGAAAUCAUGAGAAUGGAGGAAAUUAAAAAAGAAAAACAGAAUCGAAAAGACUACUGGCUGACGGAAGGAAUCAUUGUAAAGUUUGUAGACAAAUCGUUGGGGGAGAAGUUCUAUAAACAAAAAGCUGUCGUCUUGGAGGUGAUAGACAAAUAUCGAGGAAAGAUCAAAUUCCUGGAAACUGGCGAAAAAGUCAAAGUGGAUCAAGCUCACUUAGAAACUGUAAUUCCUGCUCUGGACAAACCAGUUCGUGUUGUCAAUGGAGCCUAUCGUGGCAAUGAAGCUAUCCUCAAAAAGCUCGACGAAAAGAACUUUUGUGUUACUGUGGAAAUAUCCCGUGGGCCAUUAAAAGGAAGAAUCGUUGAGGGUGUUCAAUACGAGGAUAUAAGUAAAAUGCAAUGAAACGACAAAUCCGCAGCGGUUCUUCUUUUUUAUGUUUUUAAUAAUUUUAAUAAAACAAAUAAAAUAAAUUAAGUUACUUAAGAAA